AUGACCUCAGAGAAAGAAAGCAAUGGACUUGACAACUAUGCAUUUGCGCUGGAAGGAGGUUUCUGUGAACUACCUGAGAAAGGAAAGGACCUGGACUCCUCUAUUGAAGGAAACACUAACAAACUGGCAUACUGCGUGACAGAUGUCCCUCCAUGGUACCUCUGCAUCCUCUUAGGAACACAGCACUGUUUAACUGCAUUUGGGGGCAUCAUCGCCAUCCCCCUGAUCCUGUCUCAGAGCCUGUGUCUGCAGCAUGAUGGCCUCACACAGAGCUACCUCAUCAGCACCAUCUUCUUUGUCUCUGGAAUCUGCACCUUGUUGCAGGUUACCUUUGGUAUCAGACUGCCCAUUCUUCAAGGUGGCACAUUCACACUGUUGGCCCCCUCCAUGGCGAUGCUGUCAAUGCCUGAGUUUGUAUGUCCAGCCUGGACCCAAAACAUCAGCUCAGUCAACACCUCCUCCCCAGAGUUUAUAGAAGUAUGGCAGAGUCGACUGAGAGCUCUGCAGGGUUCCAUUAUUGUGGGCUCACUUUUCCAGGUGUUUGUUGGAUUUUCUGGCCUCAUCGGCCUCUUCAUGCGCUUUAUUGGGCCUCUAACCAUUGCUCCCACCAUUGCUCUCAUUGGUCUGUCACUGUUUGACUCAGCUGGUAACAGCGCUGGCAACCACUGGGGCAUCUCUUCAAUGACUACAGUUUUGAUAAUCCUAUUUUCACAGUACCUCCGUCACAUUGCUGUGCCAUUUCCUACAUACAGCAAGGAUAAAAAGCUCCACACUUCUCGAGUCUACAUCUUUCAAAUUCUUCCAGUCUUAAUGGGAAUUACAAUUUCCUGGCUCAUUUGUUACAUCUUGACAAGAUAUGAUGUGCUUCCUGCUGAACCAGGACAGUAUGGUUACCUUGCACGCACAGAUCUAAAAGGAGACGUAAUAAAUCAAGCUCCCUGGUUUACAUUCCCAUACCCAGGACAAUGGGGACGACCGACUGUGAGCCUGGCAGGGGUGGUUGGGAUUCUGGCCGGGGUGAUCUCCUCUAUGAUAGAGUCUGUUGGGGAUUACCAUGCAUGUGCACGAUUAUCUGGAGCUCCACCACCACCCAAACAUGCCAUCAACAGGGGUAUUGGGAUUGAAGGGAUAGGUUGUCUACUUGCUGGAGCAUGGGGAACUGGAAAUGGGACCACUUCUUACAGUGAGAAUGUUGGAGCCCUCGGUAUUACAAAGGUUGGGAGCCGUAUGGUCAUAGUGGCAAGCGGUGUGUUCAUGGUUGCCAUGGGGAUACUUGGUAAAAUGGGUGCUAUAUUUGCAACCAUCCCCUCACCUGUGAUCGGAGGAAUGUUCAUGGUUAUGUUUGGUGUCAUCUGUGCAGCAGGAGUCACUAAUUUGCAGUACACCGACAUGAAUUCAUCAAGAAACAUCUUCAUUUUUGGAUUCUCCAUGUUCUCUGGUCUGGUCAUUCCUAACUGGAUAUUAAAAAACCCCAACGUUAUUGCCACAGGUGUGGUGGAAUUUGAUCAGAUGUUGCAAGUACUUCUGACCACCAGCAUGUUUGUUGGAGGUUUCUUCGGCUUCAUACUGGACAACACCAUCCCAGGAUCCAAGGAGGAACGCGGCAUCCUGGCCUGGAAUAAAGCUCACGAAGACGACUCCUGUGAAACCCUGGAUACCGGAGAAGUGUACAACCUCCCCUUUGGCAUGACCUCCUACUUGUCCUCUUUCUCCUGGCUGCGCUACAUACCAUUCUGCCCUCUUGGCCUGUCCACCUCGCUGGAUCCUAAGGAGCCGCUGGGAACUCCUGAUCCAGGACAAAUCAUGAUUGGAGUUGGUUUGUGAGCGAUGUUUUCUCCUCAAGGUGCAAGAAGUUUUAUUUCUUUUUCACACGCUACCAUCAGAGGCAGCUCAGAUUUUGUCAUAUCUCAGACAUAAUAUUCUCUGAGAAUUUACUGUAACAACAGUGUGCAGAAUAUUUGAGAGGUAUUUUGUGGUAUUGCAAAUAACAUUUGACGAUUCAUCACCUUUCAUUUUCUUUUUCGGACUGUUACACUGAUUUUAAGUGACAUCAAAUUGUGCAUUCAAAAUACAAAAAAAAAGGACAUGAAAAGAAGGAAAAUGAAAAACACCCUUAUUUCCCAGAAAUGCUUAAAUAAAGCAUCCUGCAUAUAAAAAGCAUAAAAAGUCUCAUAUGUGUUCAAUUUAGUGGUGCUUUUCUUUGAAGGUUAUUUCUAAAAGGAUUUAUUAUUUUCUUACAUAACGAUUUUUCCUCUGGAUCCAAAAUUACAAGGGAUUAUAAUAAUCCAGGACAGAAUCCGUCUUUAACGUGUCGAGAUUUAAACUAUUUUUAUUUUAACUAUUUUAUUUUCCAAUGUUAUAUAUGAGCAUGUUUCACCCCUAUUUUGCUGUGACUGCUGUUUUGUUAGGGUAAAAAGGUUCAGCUUGUGAAUUUUCAGGUCUGAAUUUUCAUUUUCAUGCAGGUGCUAACAAGUCAAUCAUCUACUGUAAAUACAUUAUGUAAAUAUUGGAUCUCACAGCUGAAUCAACCACAAACUACUCACAAAAUAUUUGAGAAAUAUCUUCAUUUGAUUUUGAUUCAGUAAAUUUCAGAUUUCCUUCAGUUGCAACUGUUAUUUAAUAAUUUCACUGUUGUAUUUUUUUUAAAUGUACAUUAAACUUAAACAUGGAACUGAUCACCCAGUUCCUCAGUUUUUCUGUCUCAGGUCUGUUUUGAUGGAUUAGUAUAAAGCAACACAUGAUUCUCCCCACAUUUUUCUUAGAUGCUCAGAAAACGAGCAGUUUAGCUUCUGGGUUGUGUAGACUGUGGUCGACACAAUUCACUUAAAAUCUGCCUGGUGCAAUGCUGUGAUAUGAGAGCUCAGUUAUGAGCCUGAACAUAUCUAUAAGCUUCUUCGGAAGGAUCUUACAGAUGAGGUGCACAUUUCUUGCCUGAAGGAGUAAGUAUAGCUCAUCAUUGUUAACUGAGUAUUUCAGUUGGGCUCAAAAUGUACCCCAAACAAUAGGAUAUAUGAUAUGUAACCCUUACUUCUUAGUUUGUUGUUGAUGGACUGAUUGAAGAACACCCUUCACUUUGUUUCAUCUGGUUUAAUCAGUCAUUGUUACAUAAAGUUGGUGGUUGUUGGUGGUAAUCAUUUGUAGCUCCUGCCCACUAGGAUGGAAUUGGCAAACAGUCAAUGGGAGUAAAAAUAAGAAUUAAAAAAAUAAUUUUGAAAAGAUUGAUAAAACUGUCCUGUUACAUUCUCCACUCAGAAUUUGUCAAAAUUUACUAUUCAAAAAGUCUAUAGUCUAUAUAUAUCCAUUUGGUUCUUUUGGGCUUCAAGUCAGAUGUCAAUCGAAAAAAAAGUUUUGCAAGAGUGCAACAAUUUAGGAUAAAGCAUUGGUACCACAUGACUAAUCGCCAAAAUAAAUUUGUCUUCCCUGGGGCAUGGAGUUUGACCAUCAGAAGACAUCAAAUCUGCUUUAGUUACAUUUGUUAUGGCCUCUACUUUGGCUGAAUCUGUUGCUACACCACUGCUGUCUAUAAAAUAACUCAGAAAGUAAACAGAGCGGGUAAAGAAGUAGCAUUUUUUGUUCCUAGUUUCAGAUUGUGGGCUCUAACUCUCUUAAAGACCAACCGUAGUAUUUUGAAUGCUUCCUCCUCACUAGGUGCAAAAACCAUCACGUUGUCAAGGUAGCAGAACAGAUUCAUGAAAUUUUGAUCAUCAAAGAUCAUCAUCAUACUGUUAUAGAGGUUCUGAGGUAGUCUGUUAUACUCAUAUAGACCAACAGGAGGGGCAAAGGCACUGUAUGUACUUGUGAUCUUAACAAGGAGUGAAAUUGCAGCAAUAAUUGCCCCCUCUAAUAAUUCUAAUAAACAAAUGAAUAAUCUAAAGCUUCAUGUUGGAGUCGACCUGAUUCUUAACUUUUUAACAGCAGUGAUUGUUUGUCCACUAAACUUUUUUUUUU